AUGCCUUUCGUGUGCGAGAUCUGUGAUCAAGAGUUUGCUCGGAAGUUCAACCUCGAUCGUCAUCAAGAAAGAAAACACCGAGACGAGUCAGUCGUUGCUUCGGGGGAAGUUGUCGUAGACCCCGAGACGGGGUGUUGCAGGGUGCGCGAUGUUUUUGACUCCGACUCCGACAUGUCAUAUGAACAUGAUACGGACGAUGAUGACGAAGAUGAGGAGCAUGAUACGGACGAUGAUGACGAAGAUGAGGAGCAUGAUACGGACGAUGAUGACGAAGAUGAGGAGCAUGAUACGGACGAUGAUGACGAAGAUGAGGACUCAAUCAUGUCACAAGAUGAAGUAAGCGUCUCAGACGAAGAUGAGUCUGUGAUGGACUCUGAGGAGGCAGAGUCAACAACAGAAACCGACAGCGAACAAAGUGGUUCUGAGAGCGAUGCAAGCUCAGACGUGUCUUCCGACCCGGCUUCAUCUGAUGACAGUGAAGAGUACGGCUACGACAGCGGUGACGAGGAAGAGUGGACGCUCUAUCGAGACUGGUCCAUUCUACUGCCUAACGAACCGGGCGAUGUCCCUCAACGCGUAAUCAAAGAGACAAAACGCGCUGGCAGAAGAUUUUAUCUAGUAGAGUUUGCUGCGUUGCCUCGAGCUCGUUACAGUUAUAACAUCGAAUACACCAAAAACUGGGUGUCAGAGCAGACAUUGGUGAAAAAAUAUGGUUACGUCGUUCUGAAGUAAUACAGCAGUACAAC